UCCCGGGUGGGUGAGGGAGGCGCGGAGGCGGCGCGCUGGGCAGUGGUCAGCUAGCCGCACGGCCCUCGCCCGCGGUGCCCACGGGCCAGUCUUCCCCGCGUGAGCGGCCGCCACCGCCUGCCUCGCCCGUCCGGCCCCAGGGCCCCGAAGCUCAACCCGCGGAGCGGCCUCCGGGGGACGCCGCUGGGCGAGAGGAACGCGCCCUUGCCUUCGCCGUGGCCCAGCGCGCGGGCAGCGGGAUGAGGGGCGGCGAGCGGGCCGCGCGGGCGCUGCGGGCCCGGGGGCGGCUCUGGCCGCUGUUGGCGGUGCUGGCCGCGGCGGCCGGCUGCGUCCGGGCAGCCAUGGACGAGUGCACGGACGAGGGCGGGCGACCGCAGCGCUGCAUGCCCGAGUUCGUCAACGCCGCCUUCAACGUGACCGUGGUGGCCACCAACACGUGCGGGGCUCCGCCUGAGGAGUACUGUGUGCAGACCGGGGUCACCGGGGUCACCAAGUCCUGUCACCUGUGCGACGCCGGGCAGCCCCACCUGCAGCACGGGGCAGCCUUCUUGACCGACUACAACAACCAGGCCGACACCACCUGGUGGCAAAGCCAGACCAUGCUGGCUGGGGUGCAGUACCCCAACUCCAUCAACCUCACGCUGCACCUGGGAAAAGCUUUUGACAUCACGUAUGUGCGCCUCAAAUUCCACACUAGCCGGCCAGAGAGCUUCGCCAUUUACAAGCGCACUCGGGAAGACGGGCCCUGGGUGCCUUACCAGUAUUACAGUGGCUCCUGCGAGAACACCUAUCUGAAGGCAAACCGAGGCUUCAUCAGGACUGGAGAGGACGAGCAGCAGGCCUUGUGCACAGAUGAGUUCAGUGACAUUUCCCCUCUCACUGGAGGCAACGUGGCCUUUUCCACCCUGGAAGGGAGACCCAGUGCCUACAACUUUGACAACAGCCCUGUCCUGCAGGAAUGGGUAACCGCCACCGACAUCCGAGUAACGCUCAAUCGGCUGAACACUUUUGGAGAUGAAGUGUUUAAUGACCCCAAAGUUCUUAAGUCCUAUUAUUAUGCAAUCUCUGAUUUUGCUGUGGGUGGUAGGUGUAAAUGUAAUGGACACGCCAGCGAGUGUAUAAAGAAUGAAUUUGACAAGCUGGUGUGUAACUGCAAACACAAUACUUAUGGAAUAGACUGUGAAAAGUGUCUUCCUUUCUUCAAUGACCGGCCCUGGAGGAGGGCAACUGCCGAGAGCGCCAGUGAAUGCCUGCCCUGUGACUGCAAUGGCCGAUCCCAGGAAUGCUACUUUGACCCUGAACUAUACCGUUCUACGGGCCACGGCGGCCACUGUACCAACUGCCAGGACAACACCGAUGGCGCCAACUGUGAGAGGUGCCGCGAGAAUUUCUUCCGCCUUGGGAACAAGGAAGCCUGCUCACCGUGCCACUGCAGUCCUGUUGGUUCUCUCAGCACACAGUGUGACAGCUAUGGCAGAUGUAGCUGUAAGCCAGGAGUGAUGGGUGACAAGUGCGACCGUUGCCAGCCUGGAUUCCAUUCUCUCACUGAGGCAGGUUGCAGGCCAUGCUCAUGUAAUCCUUCUGGCAGCAUUGAUGAAUGUAAUGUUGAAACUGGACGGUGUGUUUGCAAAGACAAUGUAGAGGGUUUCAACUGUGAGAGAUGCAAACCUGGAUUUUUUCAUCUGGAAUCAUCUAAUCCGAGGGGUUGCACACCCUGCUUCUGCUUUGGGCACUCUUCUGUCUGUACAAAUGCCGUCGGCUACAGUGUUUCUUCUAUAACCUCUACCUUUCAGAUUGGUGAGGACGGGUGGCGUGCAGAGCAAAGGGACGGCUCGGAAGCAUCGCUGGAGUGGUCCCCUGAAAGGCAGGACAUCGCCGUCAUCUCAGAUAGCUACUUUCCUAGGUACUUCAUUGCUCCUGCGAAGUUCUUGGGCAAGCAGCUGUUGAGUUAUGGUCAGAACCUCUCCUUCUCGUUUCGCGUGGACAGGCGAGACACUCGCCUCUCUGCAGAAGACGUGCUGCUGGAGGGAGCGGGCCUGAGGGUGGCCGUGCCCUUGAUCGCGCAGGGCAAUGCCUAUCCGAGUGAGACCACUGUGAAAUACGUGUUCAGGCUCCAUGAAGCAACAGAUUACCCUUGGAGGCCUACUCUGACCCCUUUCGAAUUUCAGAAGCUCCUUAAUAAUUUGACCUCUAUCAAGAUCCGUGGGACAUACAGUGAGAGAAGUGCUGGAUAUUUGGAUGAUGUCACCCUGGCAAGUGCUCAUCCUGGGCCUGGGGUGCCUGCAACGUGGGUGGAGUCCUGCACCUGUCCUGCGGGAUACGGGGGACAGUUUUGUGAGAUGUGCCUCUCGGGUUACAGAAGAGAAACUCCGAGUCUCGGGCCAUACAGCCCGUGUGUGCUUUGUACCUGCAAUGGGCAUAGUGAGACCUGUGACCCUGAGACAGGUGUGUGUAACUGCAGAGACAAUACAGCUGGCCCCCACUGUGAGAGGUGUAGUGAUGGGUACUACGGAGAUUCAACCACGGGCACCAACCAUGAUUGCCAACCCUGUCCGUGUCCGGGGGGCUCUAGUUGUGCAGUGGUCCCUAAGACACAGGAGGUGGUGUGCACCAACUGUCCUACUGGUACCACCGGUAAAAGAUGUGAGCUCUGUGAUGACGGCUACUUUGGAGACCCUCUGGGGAGGAACAGCCCCGUGAGGCUUUGCCGCCUGUGCCAGUGCAAUGACAACAUCGACCCCAACGCUGUGGGCAACUGCAAUCGCCUGACGGGAGAAUGUCUCAAGUGCAUCUAUAACACGGCCGGCUUCUAUUGCGACCGGUGCAAAGAUGGAUUUUUCGGAAAUCCCCUGGCUCCCAAUCCAGCCGACAAAUGCAAAGCCUGCGAUUGCAAUCCCUACGGGACCGUGCAGCAGCAGAGAGGCUGCAACCCCGUGACGGGCCAGUGCGAAUGCCUGCCUCACGUGACCGGCCGGGACUGUGGGGCUUGUGACCCUGGAUUCUACAACCUGCAGAGCGGGCAAGGCUGUCAGAGGUGUGACUGCCAUGCUUUGGGUUCCACCAAUGGACAGUGUGACAUCCGCACUGGCCAGUGUGAGUGCCAGCCUGGCAUCACCGGUCAGCACUGCGAGCGCUGUGAGAUCAACCACUUUGGGUUUGGGCCCGAAGGCUGCAAACCCUGCGACUGUCAUCCCGAGGGGUCUCUCUCACUCCAGUGCAAAGACGAUGGUCGCUGUGACUGCAGAGAAGGCUUUGUGGGAAAUCGCUGUGACCAGUGCGAAGAGAACUAUUUCUACAAUCGGUCUUGGCCUGGCUGCCAGGAAUGUCCAGCAUGUUACCGGCUGGUAAAGGAUAAGGUUGCUGAUCAUCGAGUGAAACUCCAGGAAUUAGAGAAUCUCAUAGCAAGCCUCGGGACAGGGGAUGAGGUGGUGACGGACCAAGCCUUUGAGAAUCGACUAAAGGAGGCAGAGAGGGAGGUGAUGGACCUCCUGCGUGAGGCCCAGGAUGUCAAAGAUGUGGACCAAAAUUUGAUGGAUCGCCUCCAGAGAGUGAAUAACACCUUAUCCAGCCAAAUUAGCCGUUUACAAAAUAUCCGGAACACCAUCGAAGAGACUGGAAACUUGGCAGAACAAGCACGUGCCCGGGUAGAAAGCACUGAGCAGCUGAUUGAAAUCGCGUCCAGAGAACUUGAGAAAGCAAAGAUUGCAGUUGCCAACGUGUCCAUCACUCAGCCAGACUCUACGGGGGACCCAAACAACAUGACUCUUUUGGCAGAAGAGGCUCGAAAGCUCGCUGAACGCCACAAGCAAGAAGCUGAUGACAUUGUACGAGUGGCAAAGACAGCCAAUGAUACAUCAACUGAGGCAUAUAAUCUGCUUUUGAGGACACUGGCAGGAGAAAACCAGACAGCAAUUGAGAUUGAAGAGCUUAAUAGAAAAUAUGAACAAGCAAAGAACAUCUCACAGGAUCUGGAGAAGCAAGCUGCCCGAGUGCAUGAGGAGGCCAAAAGGGCUGGUGACAAAGCGGUGGAGAUCUAUGCCAGCGUCGCCCAGCUGACGCCUGUGGACUCAGCAGCCCUGGAGAAUGAGGCAAAUAAAAUAAAGAAGGAAGCUGAGGAUCUCGACCGUCUGAUUGACCAGAAGUUAAAAGAUUAUGAAGACCUCAGAGAGGACAUGAGCGGGAAGGAACUCGAAGUAAAGAAACUUCUGGAGAAAGGAAAGAUCGAACAGCAGACUGCCGACCAACUCCUAGCCCGAGCUGAUGCUGCCAAGGCUCUUGCAGAAGAAGCUGCUAAAAAGGGACGAAAUACCUUACAGGAAGCCAAUGAUAUCCUCAACAACCUGAAAGACUUUGAUCGGCGCGUGAACGAUAACAAGACUGCCGCAGAGGAGGCUCUAAGGAGAAUCCCUGCCAUCAAUCAGACCAUAAUGGAAGCCAAUGAGAAGACGAGGGAAGCCCGGCUGGCCCUGGGCAAUGCUGCCGCCGACGCUACCGAGGCUAAGGGCAAGGCGCACGAGGCUGAGAAGAUCGCCAGUGCCGUCCAAAAGAAUGCUACCAGCACCAAGGCAGACGCCGAAAGGACUUUUGCAGAAGUUACAGAGCUGGAUAACGAGGUGAACAAUAUGUUGAAACAGCUCCAGGAAGCAGAAAAGGAGCUGAAGAAGAAACAAGAUGACGCUGACCAGGAUAUGAUGAUGGCAGGGAUGGCUUCACAGGCCGCUCAGGAAGCUGAGAUCAAUGCCAGAAAGGCCAAGAACUCUGUCACCAGCCUCCUCAACCUCGUGAAUGACCUCUUAGAGCAACUGGGGCAGCUGGACACAGUGGAUCUGAACAAGCUCAAUGAGAUUGAAGGCACCCUGAACAAAGCCAAAGAUGAAAUGAAAGUCAGCGAUCUAGACAGGAAGGUGUCUGAUCUGGAGAACGAAGCCAGGAAGCAGGAGGCCGCCCUCAUGGACUAUAACAGAGACAUCGAGGGGAUCAUGAAGGAUAUCCGCAAUCUAGAAGACAUCAAGAAGACCUUACCGUCCGGCUGCUUCAACACGCCGUCCAUUGAGAAGCCCUAGCGUCUUCCGUUGGGGCUGGAAGGCAGCACUCCCCGACCGGGGAGCCACUGUGAGCCCGCAGUGUGCCUUAACACAAAGAUUACAUUUUUCAGACCCCCCCCACUUCUCUGCUGCUCUCCACCGCUGUCCUUCUGAACCAGGAAAAGUCACAAAGUUUAAAGAGAAGCAAAUUAAACAUCGUGAAUCGGGAACAAAGGGUUUUAUCUAAUAAAGUCUCUCUUCCACUUACGACGCUCCCUUACCCACACUUUCCCUUCUGAGUUGCGUGAGGACAUGGCCCCCUGCGUUUCCGUGCAGUGGCAGGAGCACUUCGUGGGAACCUUGUGUGCCGGGGCUGGGCAAGGAGCCCCCGCUCGCUCGGUGAUUCCAGCAGACCCUCCGCAGUCUCAGUAUUCUUGUUUCUAUGAAGGAAAAGUUUGGCUACUCGUAGUAGCAUCGUGAUGGCCAGUAUUUCCAGUCCAUAGAUAAAGAAAAUGCAUCUACACCUCCUGCCCCGCCCCCCUCCCUUUAAGCGAAAGGAACUAACCAACCAUCCUGUGCCAAAGGUAUCGGUCCUUUAGAAUGUCGAGAGCCAUCACCAGUCGUGUUAGCUAUUUUGAGAAUAGGACAUGGAGCCAUCCACGGGUAAGGAUGCAAUUAUGUGUGACAGUCUCCGGGGGAACCGAGACUGCAGACGUAGGCUGACCUUUUUCUCAUAUGUUACCAAUUGACUAGGAAGAUAAACUUUUUUUCACAUCUUGGGGCAGCUGGUUAUGUAAGUCUGGAUGGGCAGGUUGUACUCGCCAACAGACAUCUUUUGAUAUUCCUAUAAAUGGAAUUUAUACAGAAGAAAUAGGGAUAUGAUAACCACUAAAGUUGUUUUCUUUUUUGUUUUUUUCCAAAAUCUACUUCUUAGAGCUUUUUUAGGAUGUUAGUAUGGGAGCUAGUAUUAUCUGACAGAGAGCAGUUGGUCCCUAACAUCUUGACAAACGAAGCAAAAGCAAAACAAGUCUCUUUGUCCUAGUCUUUGCUAGCAAAGGAAUAAAACCUCGGUACAACGUGUAUUGUCAGGAUCCCAUACACCCAUUUUUCUUCCAUUGGGAAGAGAUGAAACAUUUGACCCUCAGCCUCAAUUUUCUUCUGAUGUUCCCAUCUUCUAGAAUCCCUCAAAAAACGUGGUUUGCCAAAUCCUGGUGGCAAAUACUUGCACUCAGUACUUCACACAGCUGCCAGACACCAUCUAGUUCCUGCACUUUGUGAUUUAAACCCACUCUAACCCUUCCCUCUAAGUGCAGAGGGAAGACCCUUUUGUGGAGUUUCCUAGUGGGCUUCUCAACUUCUGAUCCUCAGCCCUGCUGUUGUCUUCUAAGAUCACAGUGUGACAUCUCCCUGCCACACAACCCCUCCCUCCUACCAACCCACCACUGAGAUUCAUAUAUACCCUUUAACACUAUGCAACUUUGUACUUUGCGGGGGAAAGAAACUAUUAUCUGACACACUGGUGCUAUUAAUUAUUUCAAAUUUAUAUUUUUGUGUGAAUGUUUUUUUUUGUUUGUUUGUUUAUCAUGAUUCUAGAGUAAGGAGUUUAUGUAAAUAUACUUGGUCCUAUUUCUAGAAUGGCACUGCCUGUUCACUGCUUCUCUCCAUUUUUCCUCUUCACUGUCACAAUGUGUCUGUAUACCUCCUCCCCUUCCAUCUGCAAUGCUUUGGAUUGUAUCUGUUCCCCACUGUUUUGUUCUUUGCAGCGUCCCCGUUCUCGCACACGAAUAUCAACCUGCUUCCCUUCACACACAACCACUGUAAAGAGGUGCUUCAAACCCUCUUCCAUCGCAGCCCUCGCGACCCCAAACUACGGCAGGCUGUUGCGAGGCUGACGGGACAUGGUGAAAUGAGGACAUUUCGCUGAAGGAUACCUUCAGCAGCAGUGUGGGUCUAGCCAGGAAUGAACUAGAAGUGCCGUUUCUGCAGUGGUUUGAGCUGGAUGGGUCAAUGUUAUAAGCAAUUGCGUAGGUACCACGAGCUCGCAGAGUCAAGAAGAGUCCCACAGAGAGUGGGGAGGCCGUGUCAUUUGGUUCUUCCCCUUGCACACGGGAGUCUCCUCUUGCACACCAGAAUUAACUACAGAUGUGCUGCCUUGGCGUACCCCUAAGCUUCCACUCUGCUGCUUCUCUCAGGCUUCUACUAUCCCAGGAGGCAUGGCUCUUUCUUGCCAAGUUUUCACAUCAGUGUUUCCUAGCUAGUUCCUCUUGUCAAGUGGCCACAU